AUGGGCGAUCGCGAGUUCCAGCAGGAGGGGGGCAAGAAGUUGGCGCCCGAUCCGACGGACAGCGACAGAGCUUUCGAUGUGGAAGCAGCCCGAUAUGAAGUUCUGAAGUUCGGAAUCUCUAAUGAGAAACAAAGGGACAAGAGAUUAAAUGCGAAACAGCAGCUACUGGUUUCACUCGGCGCAAAGGCUCCAAAGAACAAGUACGUCAACUACAAGGAGCUCAAACGAGAGCUCAGCGAGAAGAGACAGAAGGAAGCCCUGCAUGAGCUCCACAGCUGGAGGUCCACAUUUGCGCGACUCAAGACGAAAAUAAGCAUACGCGACAAGAAACGGAAACAGCGAGGGAUCGACGUCACCGCAGGGUAUGGGAAAUUGAAGAAUGGAGAGCUUGUUGUCGGCGCCGACGUCCGACGCACCAUGAGGAAGGUCCAGCAGAACGCGAAACGGCGACGACAACAGCAAAAUCCGGGCAGUCGGAGGACGAAAUAA